AGACGAGAGGAAGAGAAACAGAAAGAGAGUGGAGAGGGAGAGAGAAAAUGAGGCCAGCCGUCUCUUCUUUUAUCACUCAGCAUCUCGCCACGAACAGAAAAAAAGGGAAAUGAAAACAGGGGGAAAAACGAUGAAAAACGGGCUGAACAAACAUCAAAGAGAUAUUUUCCAGGCUACUACAGAUGUUUUUGUCUUUGGACACCCAUGUUGGAUAGCUUUUUGAACAGGGAGCGUGGGUGCAUUACACCAGUCACUCUUAAGCGCUGUCCCUCCCGUGGUUUCAGGAGUGUUACCGAUGGCGCGUUAGGAGCCAGAGCUCCGUGAGGGGCGGGAUCUACAACGACGCUCGGAGCCCAGCACAGGAGGAGCCCAGCACAGGAGGAGCCCAGCACAGCCUUGGACAGAUCACAUAAUCAAUGUGGAACAGUCUCGCAUCAGUCCUCUCUUUGAUAGGAUUCUCAUACAGAUGUUCAAAGGCUUGCUGCUAUCCCACAUUGACCGAGGAGGUGCUGCUAGAAUGUUCCCCCUGCCAGCCAGCAAAACAAUAAAAAUGACAUGAAAAAAGAAGUAAAGGAAUUCAUGAAGUUCGCCCGCUCUCAGUGCAGAGUUCACACGCUGUCAGGGAGAAAUACUGGCUCUUCCCGGGAGCUUGUGGUUUGUUAAACAGCAGCAGAUGCUUGUCUGUUUUCAGCUUGGAGAUGCCUGAGAUGUUUUUCCACCUCCGGAACCAGUCGGCCCACGAGGCGGUGGACGGGCUUGCACUGUCUGUGGGAGGAACAGAUUCUGGGCGCCCCACAUGGGUCAUCGUGGUUCUAGCUGGCGUGCUCAUCUUCACAACUGUAGUGGACGUGUUUGGGAACCUGCUCGUGAUAAUCUCGGUGUUCAGGAACCGGAAACUGAGGAACUCUGGUAAUAUGUUUGUGGUAAGCCUGGCAUUUGCUGACCUGGUAGUGGCGUUCUACCCAUAUCCUCUGGUGCUCUACGCGAUCUUCCAUGACAACUGGUCCCUUGGGAACACACAGUGCAUGGUGAGUGGUUUCUUGAUGGGCCUCAGUGUCAUUGGUUCAGUCUUCAACAUCACUGGUAUAGCGGUGAACCGCUACUGUUACAUCUGUCACUCCUUCUCUUACGGAAGUCUGUACAGCUACAGGAACACUCUGCUCUUCGUUGCCCUCAUCUGGCUGCUAACGGUCCUGGCGAUCGUGCCUAACUUCUUUGUUGGGUCGCUACGCUACGACCCCAGGGUGUAUUCCUGUACAUUUGCCCAGACCGCUAGCUCCUCCUACACCGUUGCAGUGGUAGUGGUGCACUUCCUGGUUCCUAUUGCCGUGGUCACCUUCUGUUACCUGAGGAUCUGGGUGCUUGUCAUACAGGUGAGGAGAAAGGUCAAGACAGAUGAGCGUCCUCGCCUCAAACCCAGCGACCUCCGUAACUUUGUCACCAUGUUCGUUGUUUUUGUCUUAUUUGCUAUCUGCUGGGCGCCUCUUAACCUGAUUGGCUUGGCUGUGGCCAUUAACCCGGCAAGCGUGGCUCCUCAGAUACCUGAUUGGCUGUUUGUGGUCAGCUACUUCAUGGCGUAUUUCAACAGCUGUCUGAAUGCCGUCAUUUACGGUCUCCUGAACCGGAACUUCCGGAAGGAGUACCGUCGUAUUGUCAUGUCCGUUUGUGCGACGCGGCUGUUCGUUUCCGAGACGUCACGUGUCGCUACCAGCGUAAGGAGCAAGCAUUCGCCAGCGCCCAUUAACAACAAUGAGUCCCUGAGGGACAGACACAGGGUGACAAGUUAAGAUGGCUUCCUUAGGUUAGUGCAACUGACCAAUAAAUCUGGUCAAACUGCGUUAGCACAACUGACCAACACAACUGGGUGAGCACAACGGGUAAGUAACACUGGACUGACUAGUAAAACUGAGUUAGUAUAACUAGCCAGUAAACCUGGGACAGCACAGUGAAGUGGCCGAAGGGGACACUACAUGCACACUUUCAAACACCUGUUGGAACCAGUGUGACACGUGUUCCAGAUUCAACAUAGACAGUCUGACAGUUAGACUUAGUAGAGGCUCAUCAAAGUCUAACUACAAACACUGACUCAAAGAAUUCUGACUCAACAAAACCUUUCCUAGGUGAGAUUGACUCAGCUGAGGCUCGACAGCGACACGACUGAUUUUUGAAGCCUCCCUCUGAACUCCCUGUUCCUUUACCAGUGGUUUUCCUUUGCCACCAGCAUGGUUGCACCAAUUCAAUAUGUCUGUGUCCAUGAUUACACCACUUGAAGGGUUUUUGUAUCCAUGGUUACUCCAAUCCAAUGCUUUGGGGCUGGAUACAUGGACAAGAGGCCUAGUGGGGGAGAAGCAGGUACUCUGGAACAAACAGAGAUUCUUACAUUUUCCAGAAAUCUGGAUUGGAGGAUUUUAAAUGUCCAGUCUAUUACUCUCUGAAUCCUGGGAUCUUGCAACUGGAAUUUCUGGGGAAAUGUGCAGUACUGCUGCCCCCUGUUCUGUACUGGGAUCAGAUUUUGCAGCUCUGGGUCCACAUUAGACCAUCCUUCACCCUAUUAAAUGGUAUGCAGUUUGUGAUUUUGGUCUGGUAAUUGCUGCUGCUCCUGGUAGGCUUGGGAUGUGUAUUCUCUGAAACAAACCGUUCUUCCUGUCAUACUGCCUGGUCAACCAGAACCACAUCCUGAUCAGUAUGAGGCUCCGUGUACCCGACCUGCCACAAGAACCUGACAACAACAAGACACACCCAGCUGACAUUUUCUCCCUCCAACCCGGACUCUGCUGACCCUGUAUGCAAUGCCCUUUGUGGGACUCCCAGAUGAAACUGAAUAUAUUUUAAAUGUGUGCUCUUUUACCGCACAUUGGCAGUCUCUUAAAAAAAUCUAAAUAUGUCAUAUGUUAUAGAGAAGUGCAUCUCUUUGGGCCAGGAUAUAAUGCAGGGUGCAGUAGGCUAGAGAGCAUUGGACAGAUUUGGUCCAAUCCCGAUUUAAAUUUAUUUUCCAUCUAGGUGACAUCACAUUUCUGGUCACAGUGCAUUUCUGACCACCAGUAAAAAUUAAGACGUGUACUAUUAUGUACUGCUCUAUUCAUUGAGCAAAAUUAUUGAAAAGAAAUAUUUUCAACAUCAAUUCAACAUCAAUUCAACGUCUUUUCAGCGUCUUUUCAAUGUCCUUUGCUCUGGGGGGGUUUGGCCUGACAUUGAAUCCUGGCUGAAAUCUUAACCUUUUUUCUUACUUGCCCAACAGAAGUAGCACUAAGUCAAUUUCUGUAUCUUGAAAGAUCCUCAAUGAAGUGUAAUUCAUAUCUAAGUUUGUCCAUUUUCAGAGACAGCAUCACUGUAAAUGUUUACUCAAUUGGCAUCUACCUUUGCAUUUUAAUCAUGCUAUGAAGAGGAUCUGCUGCCAUACAGAUUAAAUCAAGCCUUAUGUCCUUAUGUGAUGUUACUUAGUAUGAAAAACUGUGAGUAAACAGUUUAGUAAAAACUAAAGUGCCAAAUCUACACAUUCAACAAAGACCACAGUCUUUUUUGCCAAUACAACAUAAAUGUUUUUCUACAUUAUUAGUAUGUGCUGUUUUUUAUUGUAUAAAUGUGUCUAAUUUUGUUUAUAUAAAUUAUAUGAUACUAUUGCUCAGAGAAUUUUUAACGGUGAUGCAUUUCUGUGAACACAUUUUGAAGCUUUAAAAAAAAAGGAAAGUCUCAGAAAUUUUUAAUUUAUUUAUUACUGUGUUUCAGAACAUUGACAUGUUUACGACAUGGUCUGGUAAAAUGAUAUAAUUAUUGUAUCAAGGAUUUAAAUGAUUAUUUCUGUAACUGGCUAUUGAUAAAUGUAUAACUAUGUUGACAGACGUUUUUUUCCCAUUUUGAAAUGAUUUGAAACUAUUUUGCCUGUGAUUCAAUCUGAUCAUUUAAACCUUUUAUUGAUUGAGCCAACAUCCCAUGAAUGUGAUAGCUAGGAACAUGGUGAAGUUUCUUUUAGAAGUUACUUUGCCACCAGUUACUACAGAGUGAAUCCCAGCCUUGGUUAAAAUGAGUGUGGGAGGAUGUUGACUGAUAUUUUUUGUGUAUUCUGUGUACAUUUUUAUUAAAUUUUAAUAUAAAUUAGUUAGAUAAAGGUAUAUUUUAAAGGUAAAUCAGGAAUCCUGGGUAUUGAGAUCUGCCUCUCUUCUAUGUAGUCCCAAACUGCAUCACAGUGCUUUCAUAGAGCACUACCUUUGACCAGGGUCAAUGAGGACUUGUGUUGUGUGUGUGUGACUGGUUUAGUUCACUGACCUAUGUAAAGGAGAGGACACGUCUAGGAUAGAAGGUGGGAUGUUUCAUCUGGCCUGAAGGGUCAAUUAGGAUUAGUUCAGUCAUUCCAGGAUUUCGACAUGUUAUUCUGUAAUGUCUUCGGCCAAAAUAUACUUUUGUCUUGCAGUGGCUUUACUGACAUUUAGAGAUAAAGUAUGCAUGAUAUUUUAUAAUGUGUUUUCAUGCAACAAUUAAAAGGCCUAUGUGCCCCCCCCUGCGUGUGGCUGUGUGUAUUUUCUUUUACAUACAGUGCCCUUCAUAAGUAUUCAGUCAGGAAAGUCAAAACAGCCCUGACCCGUCGAGGCAUGGACUCCACUAGACCUCUGAAGGUGUGCUGUGGUAUCUGGCACCAAGA